AUGAUCAAGUAUCUUUUCAAGAUACUGGAGGGUAUUAUCCUCUACCUGUAUGAAUUUAUACAACUGUUCAUCAGUGUCUUCUUCUCGCCGCUCCCCCCCACAAAAGACUCGCCUCGAAUCGGACACGUGGCAGUCAUUGGUGCAGGUAUCACUGGUAUCUCUACAGCAGCUCACCUACGGAGCCAUGGAUUUGAAGUUACAAUCUUUGACGAAUCCCCUGACAUUGGUGGCAUCUGGCGAAGAGUGAAUUCGACCAGCAAUUUACAAAUCAACUCUCUUUUCUAUCGCUUCCAUCCGCUUGCAUUCUAUCGUUCGUUUUACCCGUUCCGUGACGAAAUCCUCGCCCAGCAACACAAGGUUUUGACGACAUACGGCCUUGACAAGUGCAUCCGUUUCAACACGCGCGUAACCAAGAUUGAGCGUCAUUCCUCGUCGUCAUCUCAAGACAGCAAAAUUGGCGGUCCCUCCCGCUGGAUCGUUAAUGGAAAUAAGUCUGAAGUAUUCGACGGUCUCGUUGUAACGAUUGGCACAUGUGGAAAGCCGCGCAUCAUCUCUUUGCCGAACCAGGAUCAGUUCAAGGGCAAGAUCAUCCACUCUUGCGAACUUGACGAUUUGGACUAUACUGGAAAGUCUGUUGUUGUGAUCGGCGGCGCUGCAAGUGGAGUCGAAGUUGCCGAAACAGUUGUGGCUAAGGGUGCCAAAAAAGCCACGAUUCUUGCUCGCUCAGACAAGUGGUUUAUCCCGCGCAACGUCAUUCUGGAUUCAUGCCUCAGCAUGUUCCCUUACAUUUUCAAGACUCUCACCACACUGGUUCCCGAACAAUUGAUCCGUCGUCUGCACUAUCGUGACUUGGAGGAAAAGAUGACGCCCACUUUCCCCUUGUACAGCUCCACGCCUGUGGUUAACAACGCAUUUUUCCGUCUUGUUCGUCAAGGCUCUGCAGACUAUCACCGUGGUGAAGUGACAAGUGUUAAAUCGGAUGGCUUGGAGUGGAACUACCGCUUGCGUAGCCAGCGCAAAGGUGAAGAAGGUGAGAAGAAAUUUAUCAAUGCAGAUAUUAUUGUGCUUGCUUCUGGUUAUCAUCGCCCAUCUAUGGACUUCUUGCCUAAAGAUCUCUUCCCUGAUGGCUAUUCCGGCCCUAAUAUGUAUCUCCAGUGCUUCCCUGUCCAUGAUCCUAGCAUUGUGUGUACCAACGCGACCUAUGUCGAUGGGUUUGGAUCCGUGGGAAGUCUUCACAUUGGAAUAUACGCUCGUCUGUUGGCUCUUUUCUUACGUCGACCAGAGACUCGCCCCAGUUCACAAUUCAUGCGAUUUUGGGUGGAUACUGUUCGAAUCUUCAAGAGAGGCUUCUUCGGUGGUCCACUGGAAUUCUUUACCUAUCCAGAGGUAUGCAUAUGGCUUGCGGUAUGUAUGCUCCAAUGUCCCGAACGGAUACCUUAUUUCUUCUUUGUAAUGUUCGGAUUUGGGGAAUGGUACGUCGCCAAAGACGGCAGCUCUCGAUUCCGUUACCCGAUUAUGAACUUCUGGAGUAGGAUUAUGAAGCAGCUUCAUCGCCUCCCGUUGGAGCGUCCCCAAUUUUAUAUUCCAGGUCCACAGCAACGUGUAUAA